AUAGAAAUAGUUAAGAACUGUAUGCUUAAUGUGGAGAUAAUUGAAUUAAAAUUGCUUUACACUCUAUAGAGUAGUAGCAGCACUCACCACAUACACAUUCUUUUGAUGUGCUGUCGAGUGUACAAGUAAAAUUUUCAUGAAAAUUUGUUUGCAGCACCUGCAACGCCAAUAUAUAUUAACGUCAGCAUUACAAAAAAUACGUACAACUGUAUGUAUUCAUUUUGCUAUUUCUCCCAAUUUCUCUCUCUCUCUCUCGAUUCUCGAUUUGCUUGCAUUCAAUUCUAUUUGUUCCGGUUUAUCAUUUUAUCUAAAAACAAAAAUGUGAAUAAAACAAAACUUUCAGUAAAGAAAAAACUUAGCAAGUAAAUAAGAAAAUAAAUAUUUUCUCUUGUCGUUCUUUUUCCUUCAUAUUUCCGAAUACUUCAUAUUUAGUAUCGAAGGCAAUAUACAACAUAUACUUUAAUAUAUUAAUUGCAUUUAUAUUAUUAUUCUUGUUGUUGUUGUGCACUUAAUUACUCUUCGGUCUGCGACUGCUUAUCAUGGCAUGUGCGUGUGUGCGCGAACGCGUCUUAUAUAUGGUUUAGCGGAUUUAAAAAAAAAAAUUUAUUUCACAACGUUUUGUGUUCCAUUUGAUCCCUGUUAACUACUUAUUUUUUAUAUUAAUUUACUCCGAUUUUUUCUAAUAAGCUCGGAAAUUUAUAUCUCGCGUUUCCUUUAUAUCCUAUAGUACAUUAUAUAUUGUAUCGCCCGUAAUUUGACAUAGUCACUCGAAAAAAAAAUCACAAUUAUUUUUGAAUUUGGUAACUUAUUUGUGAUGUAUUUUUUCUAUAGAAAAAUUAUUUAAAAGCCAAGAUCUUGUCAAGUCCGCAUUUUCGUUAAUUGUGGUUAAACAUAAUUGGUGGCAGUGUUGCCACCACCGCGUACUUGAUAUUAAUCUAACCCGUUCUUUCCUUAUUACUGUGGAUUACUUUGAGUAUUGGAUUGUUCGUGGAUAACUGACAUUUGAGUUUCCAAAGUGGCGGGCGAUUCAGCAGAUAGUUCCAACAUGAGUUGGGGUACUGAGCUAUGGGAUCAGUACGACAAUUUAGCAAUACACACAAGCAAAGGCAUCGAGUUCCUGGAUAAAUAUGCAAAUUUCAUACGUGAUCGCUUAGCAAUAGAAACGGAAUAUGCCGCUAAAUUAAGGCGAUUAGCAAAAAAUUAUCAACCUAAGAAGAAGGAAGAAGAUGAUAAUGAAUUCACAUCACAUCAAGCUUUUCGAAAUGUACUAAAAGAGAUCAACGAUUUGGCCGGUCAAAGAGAAGUGGUGGCCGAAUCUUUACAGCUGCAAAUAAUUCAGGGCAUUACUUUACUUUCAAAAACGUUACGAGAGGAACGAAAGAAAUGCUUAUCAAAUGGUACAUACUUGCAGCAGAAUCUUAGUUCGCAAUUAUCUGCACUGGAGAGAGCUAAACGUAAUUAUGAGAAAGCUUAUCGUGAUUCAGAAAAAGCGGUUGACAAUUACAAAAAAGCUGACAUGGAUCUGAAUUUAAGUCGAGCCGAAGUGGAACGUUAUAAAAAUAUAAUGACUGCCAAGAUACAACAGUCGGACGAUGCGAAAAAUGAAUAUGCUAAUCAAUUACAAAAAACCAAUAAUUUACAGCAACAGCAUUACAACGAGCUAUUGCCAGAGGUAUUUAAUCGUCUGCAAGAGCUCGACGAGAAACGUACACGAGGUAUACGUGAAUUUAUAAUAGGCGCUGCUGAUGUUGAGUCUUCAGUUGCUCCCAUAAUAGCUCGUUGUCUAGAGGGGAUGGUUAAAGCCGGCGAAUCCAUUAACGAGAAAGAAGAUUCCUAUAAAGUUAUUGAGAGGUAUCAAUCCGGUUUUACACCACCGACCGAUAUACCUUUCGAAGAUCUUUCCAAACAAGACCCCGAAUCCUCACAAGAGUCUCACUACAAUAAUGUGCAGUCCAGUCAUCUAACAGUUAAGGGUACCAUCAGCGCGAAUAGAAUUAAGAAACGCGUGGGCAUAUUCAAUAUAUUUGGCAGUAACAAGCAACAAAAGAUUAUUGAAGCCUGUAUCACCCUAAAGAAUUCCCUUACCGCGGACGGCCAAAAGGAAGACUUUAGCGAUUUACCACCGAAUCAGCGACGCAAAAAAUUGCAAGCGAAAAUUGCAGAAUUACAGCAAAAAAUCGCCCAAGAAACAGCUGCUCGUGAUGGUCUAAUGAAAAUGAAAGUUGUCUAUGAGGCAAAUUCAUCUUUGGGCAAUCCCAUGACCGUGGAGGGUCAGCUCAAUGAGUCUGAGCAUAAAUUAGAAAAGUUGAAAAUCGAUUUGAAAAAAUACCAAGGCUAUCUAGAAAGAGCCAAUCAAAUACCCAUGGCCAGCAACAGUCCGCAAGCGAAUCGAAAUAAUUUACAUAAUGGCCAUCGAGUAUCAAGGCAUUCCAAUGGCAGUACUGAGGAUAACAAUGAGGAUGGUGAUGAUCAGCCAGACGAUGGCGGAAGUUUAAGCAGGUCAGAUUCAGAGGAUAAUGUGGCGCAAAUACAAAAUGGCCAUAAUAAUAACAAUAACGGAGUGUCACUAUCUAAAACGCAUUUAAAUAACAGUUCAGCUAGUCCUGAAAGUGGUUUGGGUACAUCACACACUUCAUUGCCUGGUUCUGGUCAAGGUAGUGCGCAUGAUAACGCCAUGGGUGAAGACGCCUAUUAUGAAACGGAAAUGGAGCUAUUACAGCCAUUGGGUACAUGUCGGGCACUCUAUCCUUUUGAAGCCACUAGUGAGGGCAGCAUUCCAAUGAACGAAGGCGAAGUACUACAAGUUAUUGAAAUUGAUCAAGGCGAUGGGUGGACGCGUGUGCGUCGCCUUAACAACACCAAUGGCUGGGAUGAAGGCUUUGUGCCUACAAGUUAUAUUGAAUGUACACUGUAUGCUUAAUAAGUCAAAAUGACGACAACGACGACGACGACGACGACAACACCACAAAAAAAAAACGCAAUUUUUUUUUUUUUUUUUUUUUUUUUUCUUUUGAAACUUUUUCUUGUAAUAAUACUUUAGUAGUUACAUCUCUUAACUAGUUUACGCGCUGACAUUUGUAUAUUUGUUUACUACCUUGCUUUGCAUAGUAUGCAGAUAUUUUUUUUUGCCCUCUUUUUUCGCCCUUUUUGUUUCAUUAUGAGAAUAUAUUCUAUUAUAGGUAUUUUUUAUGCAAAACGCUGCAGUUAUGAUAUGACUAAGAUAAGCAGACGAUUAAAGCUGUAUAUGAAAAUCAAAAUUGAAAGUAUAUUUUGGAGGCGUGGCAAAUAGUUGUAACAGAAUACUUACAUUUGUUUCUUAGUCUGCCUGAGAUGAAAAUUUUUUCAUCUCAUAAUUUCAUAAUUUUUGUAACAAAAUAAGAAAAAUAAUUUUUUGUUUUGUUUUU